AUGCUCAUGGGCGGGCUCUUCGGUCGCUUCGCCGGUGCUCUUUGUGGAGACCUGGGACUGUCGACGUCAGUUUCAGGGGUCUUCGCUGUCGUCGGAAGUGCUGCAAUGUUGUGUGGCUUCAAGCAGAUGACGCUGGCCUCGGUUCUGAUUGUUGUGGAGUGCGUCAAUGACUUGAGCCUUGCCCCCAUCGUUAUGCUCGGCGUGGCGGUGUCCAUGGCAGUAAACUGGGCCAUCAACGACCGAGGCCACGACGAGGAGGUGAUUCACCGGCGCCAACUUCCCUUCCUGGAAGGAGAGCCACCGCGGGCCCUCGACGCCCAGGUCGCCCUCGAUCUUUGCCCCCUUCUGCCACACGAUGCUGUGAUGCCGCCCGAGGCAACGAUGCUGCAGGUGCAGCGAGCCCUGGACCAUCGCGAUGUUCACUACUUCCCCGUUAGGGAUGAUUCGGGGCCUUGCCUCGGCAUAAUCUCGCGGAGCCAGCUGGAGACGUUGGUCAAUCCUUCGAGGCCUUUCUCGAGCUUUGCUGCCCAG